AUGUCAAAAAGACCAUCCGAAUCAUCAACACCUAAUCCAUCUUCACCACCACUCAAACGAGCCAAACCUUUACAAGAGUUGAGCGACUCUGGUCCUUUGACUCAAGAAGAUGUAGUAUAUUUCCAGAAGGAAGCCAUAUGGCGACAAAUGACUAGUUAUCGAGAACAAGUCAACCAAUUGCGACUGGAAAUCUCCAAGCUACAACAAGAUGCCCUGAAGUCUAAUAAAGUAGUCAAAGUUUUGAUUGGCUGGUACGAUCAGAUUAUUUCAUUGUGUGAUAAUAAUGAUGGUUCUUCUAAUCAUAACUUAUUGUUGAUAUUUGAUGAAGGUGAUGAUAAACUUGAACAAAAGCGAGAGCAGUUGAACAAGAUUCUUACAUCAAAAAUCUUGUUGGCAGAAGAAGAUAUGAAGAAGCUAGAAGUUAUUUCUCAAAAAUUGGCAUCAUCAACUGCAUUCAACCAACAGCUCACUCAAGAAAAUGGUGCAUUACAAGCAAGACUUGAUGCUUCUAAAGACAAGGUUCUCCAAUUAACUAAAGAGAUUCAUCGGUUGCAAUCCAAGUCGUUGAAACGAGCCCAAGGUAUCAAAGAAGAAACACCAGUACCUGAGAAGGAAUCAUCAGCACAGCCCGAAGUGAAACAAGAAGCCAAUGGUAGUGAUGAUUCAAAGAAACAAGCAGAAAGCACUGAUAAUCAAGACGAGCUUGUCAAAUUAGCUGGUGAAGUGGAAGAAUUGAAAACUGCAAACACAAUCCUUACAAAUCAACUUGAAGAAUUAACACAAAGCUAUCAAUUGCUGACGCAAAGAGCCCUUGAAUUGGAACAUAAAUUACACAAUUUGGAAGAAACUGACUUGGAAUCAAAUAUUCACUACAAAAAGAUUGUCAAGAAUAACCAAUCGUUACAAGAGCAAAUUGGAAAACUUUCAAAAUUAAAUGCUGCCAAUAUUGCCAAAUUGAAUGAAUUUGAAAAACAGCAAAAUUCAAUAAAGGCAAUCAUAGAAAAGGAAAUUUUGGAAGAAAAUGAUUCCUUGAAAUCUCAAUUAGCCAAGAGUGAACAAGAUUUAGUAAGAAUUAGAACAGCCCGUGAUGAUUUAAUUUCCAAGAAUUCUAUUUUGACUAGCCAAUUACAAGAUCAAAAGACUAAUCAAGAAUUGCUUGAUUUAAACAAGGCAUUAGCUGCCAGAAUUGAACUGUUGACUGAAUCCAAAUUGAAUGAAAUUUCCGGAAGUCCUGGUCUUGCCGAGUUAUCACCUCCUGAAUUGAUCUCCAAGAUACAACAAUUGAAUAACGACAUUAAGGAAAUUGAAUUGGCGUUUAAGGAAACCAGAGAGGUUUCAUUGAAGAAAUUGGAAUCUGCAAUCGAUUCAGAAAGCUUGAUCAAGAAACUUACUAUUGAGAAAACCAAGGCUGAUCAAAAAUAUUUUGCACUGAUGAGAGUUAAAGAUUCAUUGACUAACGAAAACAAGGUAUUGAAGGUUCAAGUGGCCAAAUCUCAAGAAUUAAUCAAGAAUCUUAAUGAAUUAGAAAAGAAUUAUUUGAACAAGAUUGAAAUCUUGACGAAAUCAUUGAAUGAUUAUAAGAUAAUUAAAGAAAACUCGUUGCAAGAGAAUCAAAAGUUGCAAGACACAAUCAAGUCUUUGUCCAUUGCUAAAGAGUCACUUGAAACUGAAAUCUCGAGAAGCAAGGAAAAGCUCGUUGCCCAAGCUAAUGAAGUGGCCAAUUUGUCUAACGAUUUCAAUAAACAAAAGCUUGAAAUUAACAAGUUGGAAAAAUCGCUUAAAUCAACAGAAUCAAUUUUACAAAAAUACAAAACAAACAAUACUAGUUCACUACUUGAAGAGGAUGAACAACAGAUAGAGGCAUUAAGGUCCAUUGCUAAAUGUUCGGUAUGUUCCAAGAAUUGGAAAGAUACUGCAAUCACGGUAUGUGGUCAUGUAUUUUGUUCAAAUUGUACUCAAGAAAGAUUGGCUGCAAGAUUAAGAAGAUGUCCACUGUGUAAUAAGGGAUUUUCCGCUAAUGACUUGUUGGCUAUUCAUUUGUAG